GGGGCGGUAACUUUGACAUUGCAGGCUCGUUUGAUUGGAUUUCCGGGCUGUUACAUCAUCGAAUUGGGUGUAGUUCAACUGUCAUGACGUAAAAAAGUAGAGGGGCGUGUUGUUAACGAAAUCAGCUGUGGAAACAAUAACAGUUCAACGAAUACCUUAAAACGAGAGUUUGAUCCUAAUUGUGCAAGAUUAUAGAGGACGUAGCAUAGUUUUAAGAGUGUUAAGUAAGUGAAAGAGCUUAGAGCCUGCUCAGCUAACAGUAUUUAGGGAAGUUUUGUGAAAGGAGUGAGUUCUGUUUAACAGAGAAGAGACUUAAGAUGCCCCCUUUGUGACAGCUGCGAGUUGGCAAAUUGUAUGUGAGCGAGACAAUAGGAAAAAAGAGAAAAAGAAAGUCUAGCGUAUUUCCAACACUUCUAUUAAACAUUUCAAGCUUGUCGCCUCCUGCACCCCGUGUAACGGGAGCUAGGGGUGAACCACAAGAGGACUGGCAUGUGGGUCAAUUCUGGAACAGUCGGAAGGGCUCUCUCCAUGGAUAUAGACACAGACUAUGAGCGGCCCAACGUUGAGACGAUAAAGUGUGUGGUAGUUGGGGACAAUGCGGUGGGCAAAACCCGUUUGAUCUGUGCCCGAGCCUGUAAUGCCACCCUCACCCAGUACCAGCUGCUCGCCACCCACGUGCCAACUGUCUGGGCCAUUGACCAGUACCGUGUGUGCCAGGAGGUGCUGGAGAGGUCUCGAGAUGUGGUGGAUGAGGUGAGUGUGUCCCUCAGACUGUGGGACACCUUUGGAGAUCACCACAAAGACAGACGCUUCGCAUAUGGCAGGUCAGACGUGGUGGUGCUUUGUUUCUCCUUGGCGAACCCAAACUCCCUGCGUCAUGUCCGUUCCAUGUGGUUCCCUGAGAUUAAGCACUUCUGCCCUCGCACACCAAUCAUACUGGUGGGCUGCCAACUGGAUCUGAGAUACGCAGACCUUGACGCUGUUAACCGCGCCCGCCGACCCCUUGCCAAACCCAUCAAACCUACAGACAUCCUGCCCCCAGAGAGAGGCCACGAGGUGGCCAAGGAACUGGGCGUGCCGUACUAUGAGACCAGCGUCGUGGCCCAGUUUGGCAUCAAAGACGUGUUUGAUAAUGCCAUCCGGGCUGCUCUUAUCUCACGGCGCCAUUUACAGUUUUGGAAGUCCCAUCUGAAAAAGGUCCAGCGCCCCCUCCUUCAAGCCCCCUUCCUGCCCCCCAGACCUCCACGACCUGUAGUGGGCAUCCCUGACCCCCCUCCUCUGAAUGGGGAAGGCCCUGACUCCCUCUUCUGUCAGUCGCUGUGCGCCGAUGUCCUUUUUCUCCUGCAGGGUGGAGCGACUCACGUGUUUGCUCACAAGGUCUACCUGGCCACGUCCUGCUCCAAGUUCUACGACCUCUUCACGCUUGACCUUGGCAGAGCCGGGGCUUCUCCUGAAAGAAAGGGAGAAGAGCAUUCAGAAGGAAGUGAAGAAGAGGAGCAGAGUCGAAGAGGAGCGAAAGAGCAGGCGGGACGCACCAAGAGCCUGGACAUCGAUAAGGAUGGGGACGGGGGGAUCAGAGGACCCAAAAAACCCCUCUUGCUACAGCAAGGGUCCCUGAGGACUUCCCAAAGUGAUAAUGCACUGCCUGCCAGGAGCCAGUGCUUUAUGGGGAGCCUAGGGGCCGGCCGUGCCCUGUCAGGCUGGGGGCGUGGCUUCCUUAGCGUGUGUCUGGAGCACGUGGAUGACCCCCUGACUGGUCGGCCACGCCUCAUGACAGUAGUUACCAUGGAUUCGCUCAUACAUGAGGGACCGUUCAAGGCCGUGCUGCAGUACCUGUACACGGGGAACCUGGAUGAAGGCCGCGGGGACCUGAUGCAGGUGGCCACGAUCGCUGAGCUGCUGGAGGUCUUCGACCUGCGAAUGAUGGUCGCCAACGUCCUGAACCGUGAGAGCUUCAUGAACCAAGAGAUCACCAAAGCUUUCCACGUCCGCCGAGCCAACCGCAUCAAGGAGUGUCUCAGCAAGGGCACGUUUGCUGAUGUGGUGUUCCGAUUGGACGACGGGUUUCUUCCCGCCCACAAGCCGCUGCUCAUCUCCAGCUGUGAUUGGAUGGCAGCCAUGUUCCGGGGAUCUUUUAUGGAGAGUUACAUUGAACAGGUGUCAAUCCCUAACACCAGCACUGCUUGUAUGAGAGCAGUCUUGGAAUACCUGUAUUCCGGGAUGUUGACUUCGUGUCCCGACCUGGAGCCCAUGGAUCUCAUUGUCCUGGCUAACCGCCUCUGUCUUCCCCGACUUGUAGCCCUAACAGAACAGCAGGCGGUGGAGGAACUGCUGCAGUCUGCGGUUAAGGGCGUGGAUAUAGAUGGACAGGUGCUGGCUUACCUGGAGAUGGCACAGUUCCACAAUGCAAAGCAGCUCUCAGCAUGGUGUCUACACCACAUUUGCACCAACUACAACAGCGUGUGCCGCAAGUUCCCCAAAGACAUGAAAGCCAUGUCACCAGAGAACCAGAGACACUUUGAGAAGCAGCGUUGGCCUCCGGUGUGGUUCCUGAAAGAGGAGGACAGAUACCUGCGCUCUCAGAAAGAACGGGAGCGCGAGGAGGAGAUCCUUCGCAAGCAGCACACCAAACGUGGCUGGUGUUUCUGGAGACACCCGUCAUCUUCUGCUCCUCACAUCUCCUGAGGGUGUGCCCAUCCCCCACCAAACCCCAAAAACCCCCCAAAACCCCUCACCACACCCCUGCAGGCUCCUACAGGCUCAAGAUGUUGCCCCCAGAUCCUGAGGGAGCCUCAUUUCCGUUUCUGGUGUGUCCAGCGUGUCCAUCCUGAAACGCCAGUAGUUUUCUGGAUCGAUUGAACUUCCUCGGGUGUCUUCAGCUUGGCUGUGGUGGACUGCCAACCACCACAGCGCCCUCUACAGGAGCUCCAAGUGUAUCUGUCAAGAGGGCAGGUGGCUGGGAAAGAAGUUUGUGCUCCUUUUUUUUUUUU